UCUGAAUUUCGUAUGACGCAUCAUUAGUGUGUUGAAAUAUGUGACAGAAGUAGACGAUUUUUCAAUGGCUUCUUUUAAUACAACAGAUACAGACGACGCAUUCGACUAUCUGUUCAAGAUUGUGUUGAUAGGAGAUGCUGGUGUGGGUAAAACUUGCGUAGUCCAGAGAUUUAAAUCAGGCACUUAUGUCGAAAAACAUGGGAGCACCAUUGGGGUUGAUUUCACAAUGAAAACAAUGCAGAUAGAUGGCAAAUUAGUAAAGUUACAAAUCUGGGAUACAGCUGGCCAGGAACGAUUCCGUACAAUAACACAAAGCUACUACAGGAGUGCUAAUGGUGUCAUUUUAGCAUAUGACAUUACUAAGAAGACAUCAUUUGAAAAUAUUUCACGCUGGAUAGAUGAUGUUAAAAGAUAUGCUGGAUCAAAUAUAGUGCAAUGUCUAAUAGGUACUAAAAGUGACCUUGAACACCUGAGAGAGGUCAAGGUCGGAGAAUCAAGGGCAUAUGCAGAUCAUCACAACAUGAUAGGCGUUGUAGAGACAAGUGCAAAAGAAAACACUAAUGUAGAAGAAGUAUUCAUGAAGAUGGCAAAGGAGUUAAAGAAAAGGUAUGGAGGAGAUCAAGCUUUUGACAAUAAUGAUGACUCAGGCAGAGUGAAUUUAAACACACGGACAGUCAGCUCUAGCUGGUCUUGUUGUGGAAGUUAAACAAGCCUAUCUGUGAGGAAGCAGACAAUUGAGAGGUGCUAAAAUAUCAACCAGUUGAAAAAGAGAGAAAAAAAUGAUUACAAGAAAUACAUCAUGAAAUAAUUUGUUUUGAAACAAUUGGAACGACAAAUUAUAUAUAAUUUCAGGUCAUAAUUAUUCCCUAGUUUAGUUGUUAGAACUAACUUGGAUAAUUAUCAGUUCAGAGAUUCAGGUAUACUGUAUCUAAUUUAACAGAUAAAAUUCUUCUUCAGGUUCUUGACUGUUUUAUGACUAGAUGCUACAGUUUUGGAAUCAACUUUAAAUGAUGUGUGAACAAUGUCUGUGCAAUAUGUGGAUGAUUUCUAUAUGAUGUACAGAUUGUGUUUGGAGUAUGAAAAGUAGAAAACUUUAUGAUUAAAUGUCCAUAUAUCAGACAAUAUAAACAAACUGUAGACUAAAGCAGCCAUGAUUGAUCCAUAAUUAAAACAACAGUUCAAUAAUGAUCUCACAAUGCAUUGUAACUACAAAGAGAAAGGAGGAAGAAAUGAAACUUUUGAUCUUUCAAGAAAAGGGUUGAAUUAUGUCAAGUUUUGAAUUAUGUCAAGUUUUAAGUUUUGAAUUAUGUCAAGUUUUGAAUUAUUGUAUUUUGAAUCUACAAACAUAAGCAGCUUGCAUUUGAAAGUUACAAGAGGCAAAACUUCUGACUGAUAAAAGUGAAGUGUCAAAUAUCAGAUGUCUGAAACAAUAUUUUCUCUACUGAAUAUCAGCUUAAGUGCAAGUUACAAGCACAGUUGUAUUGCUUUCACUCACUGAUUCCCGUAUUUUGUCUAUUCAGUAAAGUGAUUGUGCAACCAUUUAUGAUGAUACAGAUGUAAUUGCACCUUACACAUUUUGGGUCAUACAAUCACAUGUUUCUGUUUUGUAUUGCUUAUUUUUGAUGAUGAAAAUGAUGUGCAGACAAUUUUUUCUGUGAAUUGUGUGAUCCACAACUCAAUAUAGACACAUGUCGGAACGAUCUGCUCAUUUUUCACACCUUGAGUGACUGUGACACCUUUAGCAGCGGAAUUGAUGGUGUACAUGUAUUGUAUUGUUUCAUGAGGAAGUUUCCUUAGUCGUCCUAAUUUCCUUUUGACACAUUUUAUCUCUUUGUAUGUUAAUAGACAUUUUUAUAGCUUGUGGCACAAAGUGCUGGAAUGAGUAGGCUUAUCUAGUCCAUGCUAUUGUAGAGGAUCAAAUAAGAUUGAAGGAAAUUUCUCUCUCUAAAUAUUGACCAAGCAAUUUUGUUUUUAGGUCAAAUAAAAAGUAUUAGAUUCUGAUUUAAGAGAUGUUUGUAAGAUUAUCAUAUUUUGAGUGAUUCAAGUCUUUAAAAUUAUAGCUUGAUACUUCAAGCUUUUUGUAUUACAGAGUUUUAAUAUAAUUACUGUUGAAGGUUGCAUAUGACAUGAAAAACAUUUUUACCAUGACAUCUGUUGUAAUUUGACAAUUUGUUGAUUUCUGUUCCUUAGCCUGCAAAAUAUUGUUUAGUAGGUUCGUGUGUUUCAGUGUAUUCAUUUUGCAUUCAGGUGAUAUUAAAUGUUACGCGCUAGUGAAUGUUUGAUCAUUGUUACAAAUUGUAAACAAUUUUGUGUUUACUCUUUAGUUUUACAGUCAAGGACCUCUUCCUCAGCUUUGAUGAAGUGAUUUCAUAGCAAAAAUGUACUUCCGUUUAUUACAAAUGAAUGUAAAUUUUCAGAUGUUUUCAGAAUAUUAGUUUAUUUCCUUUUUACCCUAAAUUCAGUGAUUUUGGUUUCACUUUUCUAUUAUGUUUCUUUCUCUCUGGUGAUAUUUCUGAUAAAAUUGUGAAGCUUGAAUUGAGAGUUUGACUAAUAUUUCCUAUAAUUAUCAUCUUCCUGUAUACACUUGACAUUCCAAUGGAAAUGCUCAUAACUCCAAUUGAUUUACUCUAUUGUAAAUAGAUUGUAAAUUGCUUGGAAGAUUUAAGAUUUAUUUACAAAUUCUUAAGAAUAAUGUUUAAUGCAUAUAAUAAUAUUUAAUAGGUAAGGUCAAAAUGGAAUCUUCGAAAAAGUUCAACUUUAAGGACUAUAAAAACACAUUGUUUAUGUGCCCUUUGUGGCCUUGUCAUUGCACAAAUAGACAACGCCAAAAUUACUGUUUCAUCUUAAAUCAGAUAACUUGGUCAGACAUUAAAAAAAAUCUCAGAUAAAAUGUUGUUAGAAUUUAGUUGAAUUAAAGUUAUAAUCUGUAUGUACUUAUUAUACAAGACAACAAUAUUGGAGAAAAAAAAAUUAUUAUAAGUACAAAAUGUCCUUGCUCUGGUGUUCAUUUUUAUUUUCAAUUUGAUACAAAAGCUUUGUUUACAUUAGAUCUAGUGGCAAAGUGUUUCUACCAAACCAUGACACAAUGUCAGCUAUAGUACAUAGAAAUGUUUGCUUGCAAUGUUUUCUUGUUUAAUAUCACAUCAAUACAGUAACAAAACAAUUCAGUAUGGAAUUGUAAAUUUGUAAUAGAUUUAAAGAAGAUGAAUCCUGUUUAUUUGACAAUAUUUCUACCAAACGAUGUUCAUAGAAACAACACAAGAAUUAUGAACAUAUGAUACAUAGUCAUAUUGGUGAUGGAAAAAUUAAGUUAGAUUAGCAGUUCUUUGGUCAAUUUUAUCCUACAAUUGGUGCUGCCAUUGCUACAUAUAAUUUUGCUGUAAUCUAGCAUGUGCAAUAAUUUGAUAGUAUCAUUUUCUAGUUAUUGUAAAUAUUACAUUUUAAAAUCUAAACAUUUUUUUUAAAUAAGCGAUUUUAGUUAUUCCAAUGAACAAGUUUAUUUUUUAAAUUUUAACAUAUUGCUGAUACAAUUUGAAACAGCCUUUCAAACAAAAUCCGGCAUAACAUGAGCAUCAGGUAUAAAAAGAUUGAACCACAAACUGUUGAGGAUUUGAUAGUGGAGAAGGGCAGUUCUGUGGUAAUGUUUGGCUUAAUUGAUUUUUUUUUGUCAGGAUAAAGUGCAAAUAGACUGUUGAUACAUAAAUGUUUGUCUUGAUAAAGUGAGAAUGGACACUUGACCAGUAAAUGAUUGUAUUGAUGAAGUGAGGAUGGACACCUGACCAGUAAAUGAAUUAAUGGUCAUAUUGACAUUCUGUCAUAGAGGAUUUGGUAUGGAGACAUUGUAUAUUGUCAUAGUAUUUUAUCAUGAGGUGUCUGUUUUAGGGAUGUUAUAGUGAUAUUAUACAUAGUAUAUCAUUGAGUGAUUUGCAUGUGAUGACAGUAUUCAGUUGUUCUGUAGGUUUACAUGUUGUCAUGACAGUAAAUUAUCUAAAAUUAUUUUUACAUAUCUAUUACAUGUAUGGUGAUGACAUUAUGUCCGGGUGUUUGACAAAGUCUUUAUAUCAAAUUGACAACAUAGAUAUCAUAAGAUGACGUUAGUAUGAAAGUGUUAUUACCUGUUAUCUCACAAGGAUUAAGUGACAAGGAUUUUAUCUACAUAGUAGGUGUCAUAGACAAUAGGGAUCUCUAACAUAUUGACAGUAAAUAAAAGAAAGUUACAUAUUUAUGUUACAUUGACUGUUAAGUUUUAUAUUAACCUGAGAAAUUGUAUAUAAAUGCUUUCCGUAAGCCCUAAAGUUAAAUGUACAGCGACUGUCACAUAUAUUCAGCAAAUAAUCACUUGCUUGCUUGUGUUUUGCUAGCCAAUGAAUUGGUUUGAUUUAUAUGGAUUUGUUAUUGUAUAAAAUGAUACUUGUAUUGAGGGAUUGUAGGUCAGAUUACUAUUGGUAAGAGAAAAUGGUACAUUAUUUGUUCUGUGCUGUUAAAAUGUCUAGUUUUUUGGUUUGGACAUUAUAAAAAGCACAUAACCUUAAACAGGAAUACUGAAUUGUCAUGCUUAUACACUAUUACAAGGGCUCUGUAUUAAACUUGUAUUAUACUGAUGAUGCACUGGGAUAAAACAGGAAUAGCCGGUGGUUUUACGUAUCAUGUAAGGGAUAGGACACAAGGUACUAGGAAUUGUAUGCUAUCUUGUAUUAUAAUGAUCAUCCUUUUUCAGUAAGAUCAUUUCUUUUGUGGGGAUUUUUGUUGAUUUCUUGGGUACUCUAUAUCCACAUAAUUAUAUGUCCGCAAUCUAUCAUAAUCAGUUUUACAUUUAUACAGCUUCAUUUAUCCACGAAAUCAAGUGUCCACGAAAUAGUUGUUUUUAAAAGGAAGGAAAAAACAAAAAUUGAUUCUGCAAUAUUUCAAAGUUUAGAUUGAAUUUACUGAUAUGCUUUCUAGUAAUUUUUUUUCUGUAUGAUUAAAUCCUAGUUAUGUAUUACUUAUUCAAAACACACAACUGCUUUUUAGAAACUUAGUUGGAAGCUGUGUAUAUUAAGUUGGCCUUAAAUACCAAUAGCAGAAUAUCACUGUAAUGUUGUACCAGUUUUUACUUCCUUUGUUCUCUGGUCCUUCUAUGAUGAUGAAGAAGAUGCCAGGGACUAUUGUUUAUGUUAUAGCUGUUGUCAGGACCUCAUUUCAUUUUGUACAAGUCUUACCUGAUUAUAUAUUUGUUGUUCUUUGUGAUUGGCACUUGUCCUGGAGCAGAAUUUAAUGCUUUAAUAAUUAGUAUCUGUAUAGAGAUUUUGUUUGAAUGAUUUCACUCAGCAUUACAUUAUCCUGUUGUUUUACCUCUCUUGUCUGUCUUUUCUCUACAAUCAGAAAACAAGGACAAUUCACUGAAGUCUUGUUUUAAAACUCUGUUGUAAAAGGUCUGGAAAUGAUGACAUGCAUCAGAUUGUUAGAUUUUCCAUGCUUUUGUUGGUUGUUGGCUCCUGUUCAUGUUCAAAGUUAUUGCUUUGAUAAUUUGAUUUUAAGGGUUUUCAAUGAAACUAAAGAUAAUAGCUCAUUUUGUUGGCCAGUCUCUUUUGCAUUAAGAAAUUAGAUUUUAUUCAGGCAAAAUUAUGUUCUUGUGUUAAAGUCUCUAUAACGUUUUUUUUUUUAACGUAUAAUUCUAUUUUUUUAUCAUUAGUGACUUGUGUUAUUAAUCUUGGAGUACUCUGUAAAGGAAGGAAUAAUUUUUCUCCGUGAACACAUGUACACUGAUUCAUCACAAUAAAUGAUAUGCUGUAAAAGUUAUUAUUGUUAAAUAUUUCUUUAACAAUAAUUGAUUUCCAACAGUUACAUAUAUGAUUGUACAGAGGAUAGAAGCUUAUGUUAAUUCUUUCCCAUACUUUAUACCUCUGCCUUUGUGUUUUUUUUAUUUUAUGACUCUCUGGCCUGGUUUAAACCAUUUCAUACCGACACAAUAUUUGGCUGAAAAUAACAACUUCAAAUUCAUUUUAUAAUAUUCAUAGUAUAUAUUCAUCAUAUAUAUAUGUACAAUAUCCUGUACUGUAAAUUUUCUUACAGGUUUGUAUCAUGAAGUAAUCAAAGCGAAGAAAUAAAUGAAAUGAAAUCAGUGUUUAUGAGAGAUUUUCCUGAAAUUUCUGAUUGUUAAAAGCUAGUUCCUGGUUAUUGGGAGUAGUCUAGUGGUGUGAGAAACUUGAUCAUAUUGUUUAUUAAAUCAGGGCUAUGUUGUAAUUAUAUGAAACAUAGAAAUGGUAUGCAUGUAGAUGUUGUAAACAAACCCUUCCCAGCACGAUUUCUGUUUCUUGUGAUUUGAUGUGUCAUAGGAUGGUCAUGUUGUUGACUGUUGUUUAUAUUUGCAAUCUAUUAGGUAUAUAUAUGGUUAUUUAAAACUACACUAAAUACAUGCAUUUCCGCAUAGCAUGAAACCUAAACUUUGGACAAAUGUCGGGGUCCUUUAAAUGGAUAAUACUAUGUAAAUGUGAAGGUUUUCUUUAUAUCGAUUGUUUUAUGAAUAGUGUACAAUAAAAACAAGUGGAAUCGUA